AUGGUGGAUGUGGAGGAGGUCGGGAACAAGAUGCAAUCGCAGAUGCGCCUCCACGCCGAGCCGGAGGACGCCGCCGACGACGACCUCCCCUGCCGGCCCUCUUCGACAGGGCGUCGCGGCUCCACGCCCUCGACCAGGUGCCUCCCUCCCCCGCCCCCCCGCCCCGCUUCUGGGAACUGGGAUCGCCCGCCCUUCUCCCGCUCACCAAGAGAUAGAGAUCGGGCGAGCGGUGCUUACGCGCUUGGAUUUUCUGACGCGCAGGAUGGGAUCCGCACGGCGGUUGACCUGCUGCGGCGCUGCGACGAGAUGGUCAGCAAGCUCGGCCUUUUCUCCCCAACGAGACGAAGGAAGACGUCUCCACCGCAAACCUCAAGUUCCGAUUACCUUGCGGAAAUGACUGAGAAGAUAGCUCAAGAGGAUCGGAUCCCGGUUCUUAAGGCAUCACAGGACCAUUUGAAGGAGUUCAUUGCUCUAUGUGAAGUACUAGAGCUUAUUCCAGAGGAUGAGCUAGAAUUGUCCAGGCAGAAGCAGCCUGAUACUAUGGCAAACAGAAGAGCGCAGAAGGUUGCCCGGUUUAAACGUCAAAAGGCUGCAGAAACGAAGCUCCAAGAGAUCAGAGAGAGAAAAGAAAGGCGUGGACGCUCAUUGAGAGCAGCUGCUUUAUCUGCCCCAAUUGAAGCUGGAGAGGAAGAUGACCUGGAGGAUGAUGGGGAGGAAGAAAGAGAGGCUUGGUUAGCUACAAUCUCACUGGCUAUCUGCAAGGCUUUUGAUCUUCUCGACAUGCUAAAGAAGGAGGAAGAAAUGCUUCUAGCUGUAAAGGAAAGGAAGGCAAAGGACGGGAAUGCAUUUGCUCGUGAAAUGCUUGAUGAACGAACAAAGAAGGCUGAAGCAUGGCACCAUAAUGCUGCCAACCGUGUGGCAUAUUCCAAACCACCCCUGAUAUUUGGACCUGCAAGUCUUGUUGGUGGUGGUCUAACCAGUGAAAGGGAAAGAAUGGCGGCACAAGUUUUUCAGCCUAGUUACAGGAUGCCAACGAUGAGCAUCGAAGAAGCUGGUUUGCGCGAGAUGAAAAUGAUGGAGAAGUGGCAAGAAAGGACCGCUGAGAUGAUGAAAGAAGCAAACUCCGCGUGGCACAAGGAUGGCAGCAGCUCGGCCCAAGAGGACGAGGACGCCGAGGAGGCGAAAGCAAGAGCGUGGGACGACUGGAAGGAUGACAACCCCCGCGGCGCAGGCAACAAGAAGCUCACGCCCUGUGGCUAA